AUGCCUUCCUCCAACCAAGACCUUCGCGGCAUCGGCGCCUGGCAAGCCAAUAUCAGCAUCCCCAAGGACACUCAGCUUAAUAUUGGAGGCAAGUCCACCGGCUCUUCGUCCAAGUCUUAUCCAACAAGCAAGGGUUCCUCGACGUUUCUGAAGUCCACCAAUUCAUCCCCGUGGUCCAGUAUCCACAGACGGACCUAG